CGUGGUUAGAAGAGGCUACGAACCCGGAAUUUAUUUUGAUUAUCAGUGCUGUCAAAAACAAGUCGAAGGAUGUCCUGAUAACCAAUUCAAAAAAUUCAACAGCUUUGAAGAAGCAUACAAUUACUAUAAAUCGAAAAUAUACCUAAACAAUCGCACAAGAAUU